AUAAAAAAUCGUAUCGUAUCGUAUAUCUCAUAUUAGUAAAUAACCUAACACUUUCAAAUCGAAUCUAAAUGGAUGGAACAGUAGUAGAUUUUUUCUGAAAUGGCUGAUGAUGAAGAUGAAGGAGGUUUUGGAGGGUUGUAUGAAGGUGGACAUUGGACGUGGGACGAAUCUGUAGAGGCGCUAGUUUUUGUAAGUGAUCUUCCUACAAAGCCCGUAGAAACUAUACAAAUACUAACUAAGGCGCCCACGGGUACAGUUGAAUUUAGAGAUGACGUGGAUUUAAUAGAACAGAUUCGAUUUCGUCGACGUUACCAAAGAAAAUUAAAACCAGGACAGGCUGAUGUCAUAACCGUGCAAGACGUGAAAGAUAUUGCAUUAUUCACGGCUCCAGUGGGUAUAAUGAGCCCCAUGCUUAUAAAUAUGCUACAUCUUCCAACAACUGAAAGAUUUAUUAGGGCACUUAUACUGUACUCUGAAUAUUACUUACAGGUAGCCGAUGAAAUGGGACUUCGGAUUAUGGAAUUAGAGAUGAAAGUGCGCACUCCAGACUGUGAGAUUCUAGAAAAAGAGUACCGUGAUAAUUUGUCGGAUUUACGACUAUUAGUUGCUAAGGAAUACACUACAAUGCUUAUAGGUGGCAGCGAUACCCGAAAAUUUCACCACAUGGGACCACAGAAAAAACGACGGUCGUUAUCGGACAAAGAUGCGCGGCUUUUUGAAACUUUGCUCCGUAUGUGUGUUCAAAUAUUGUGGAUGUUAUUAGAAUUGGAAAUGAACCGUAUCUUCAAGUCGCAGAUAUUCAAUGCCGUGGAGCACACAUUGCGUACCAAUUACAUAGCCAAGAUGGCAAAGGAGGAACGAGCGGUGCUCCUGGGUCACUGCGUGCGUCACGACAAGAAACUGAACACACGUUCACCGCUGAUGAAUGAGGUCUUCUGUCACAGGGAAAUCGACUACCGUCUGUUGGGAAUUGGAGUUAUUAGAAGUCCCCAGAUGACGCCGCGUCUUCAUUAUAUGUUGCAAGCAGUAGCCGGACCAGAGGAUAAACUAAAAGAACUAGAUAUAGUUGUGGGCAUUUUGGGUAUGCCACGAUCAUUAUUCGACACCAUGUUGAGACCAUUACCUGUCAUUUCAGAAGGAGGAAAGUCUAGAGCUUCAAUGUCAUCGGCGAGUGGUUACAGCUCCAAGAGUAGUAGUUCAAUGAGAAAAAGUCUGUUAGUUGCACAAAAACUAUACCCUGAUAUUGUCCUGCCACGUAAGGAAAAGAGAGAGUUUUUUUUUCCCUCAUCAUUUCCUGACGAGCCCGAACACAUUAAUCGUUGUAGCGACACGCAGCGCCGGCGUUGGCAGAACAGGCUCAUGAAACUUCUCUAUCCAAAAACUACGUCGUGUUAGUUUACAUACGAGAUUACGAUAAAUUAAUUUUAUUGAUACUAACAUUGUAUUAGCCAUAGUGCGCUGAUGUCAAAAAAGUUUUUAAUUUGUUUGCUGUAAUAAUGACAUGAUUAUAAUAUUUUAUCUGAUUAUAUACAGACAUUUCAUUAGACCACAACAACGAGUCACAUUUGUUCUUACUUUGUUGUAUUGCUACGUAUUAUAAUACUAUGUAUACCUUAUACGGGUACCUACACUGUAUAACAGUAUACACUCACAUCUCACUAUCGAGAUAAUCAUCCUCCCACUGGUAUUCUUUCUCUCCUCAGAGAAGAAGCUAUAUGUGUAUAACUAUGUA